CACUUACCAAAGUCUCUGAACUUGGACGAUAGCUGGCUCCUCUUCCACCUGAAAUAUGGUGUUUAAGUUAACUAAACGUGGGUAUAAAUCAACUUUUACAACAUUCCUCCCGUAGUCGUUGUCGCGGUUCCCUUUGCAGUCUCGUCAGGAGGAGAGCUCAGCCGGAUUGCUUCACAGUUUCAAGAUUGAAACAAGGAAAAGGAAACUCACUGUUUGGACAGCGGGGCAGAUUUUGCAGAAGAGAAAUAAUUACACCUGAGGCAGCAAUGAAGAGAGCUGUGUUAUUUCUGAUCACUGUGUAUGUCUCAGUCCCUCUCGUUCUCUACCUCUUUCCCUGGACACUGGGCCAUGCCAUAUUUUCUCACUUGUUGAGGUUUCCACUCUUUGUGGAUCUUGGCCGACCUGAAGAUGUGCUGAACCACACAUGCAACUUCUACCUCGACACAGAGGAGGGUGUCUCAGUGGGUGUCUGGCAUACACUCCCUGCCAGCCAAUGGGAGGAGGCCGUGGGGAGAAGCCCUAAGUGGUACCGGGAGACUCUGGGAGACGGCCGUCCUGUUAUUAUCUAUCUUCAUGGCAACAUAGGGACCAGGGCCUUGAAUCACAGAGUUGAACUGAUGAAGAUUUUAAGUGCUGCAGGGUAUCAUGUCUUAUCUCUAGACUACAGAGGUUUUGGAGACUCCACUGGGGAGCCAAGUGAAGCUGGAUUGACCAGUGAUGCCCUCUACCUGUACAACUGGGUAAAGAAACAAAGCAGAGGGGGUGUUGUCUGUCUGUGGGGACACUCGCUUGGCUCUGGGGUUGCGACCAAUACUGCAGUGAAAGUACAAGAGCAAGGGUCUGUUGUUGAUGCUCUAAUCCUUGAAGCUCCAUACACAAGGAUUGGAGAAGUCGUAGCCAUCCACCCGCUCACUAAGAUGUACAUGUUCCUUCCAGGAUUUGAUAGCUUGCUUUGGAACAUAUUGGAGAUGAACAACAUUGUAUUUGCUAACGAUAAAAAUUUACAGGCCUUGACCAGUCCACUUCUUAUUCUGCAUGCAGAGGAUGACAAUAUAAUACCUUAUCACAUGGGUCUAAAGGAAAUUUCUUCAAAACCUGAGACAGUAGAUUGGCUCUCCCUCCUGCAGUCUUCAUUUUGCUCGUCUCGUUGUCUGGAGGAGAGCUCAGCUGGAUUGUCCCACAGUUUCAAGACUGAAAUAAGGAAAAGGAAACUCACUGUUUGGACAGCGCGGCAGAUUUUGUGGCUGCAGAAGAGAAAUAAUUACACCUGAGCAGCAAUGAAGAGAGCUGUGUUAUUUCUGAUCACUGUGUAUGUCUCAGUCCCUGUCGUUCUCUACAUUUUCCCCUGGAUAUUGGGCCACGUCAUAUUUUCUCACUUGUUGAGGUUUCCACUCUUUGUGGAUCUUGGCCGACCUGAAGAUGUGCUGAACCACACAUGCAACUUCUACCUCGACACAGAGGAGGGUGUCUCAGUGGGUGUCUGGCAUACACUCCCUGCCAGCCAAUGGGAGGAGGCCGUGGGGAGAAGCCCUAAGUGGUACCGGGAGACUCUGGGAGACGGCCGUCCUGUUAUUAUCUAUCUUCAUGGCAACAUAGGGACCAGGGCCUUGAAUCACAGAGUUGAACUGAUGAAGAUUUUAAGUGCUGCAGGGUAUCAUGUCUUAUCUCUAGACUACAGAGGUUUUGGAGACUCCACUGGGGAGCCAAGUGAAGCUGGAUUGACCAGUGAUGCCCUCUACCUGUACAACUGGGUAAAGAAACAAAGCAGAGGGGGUGUUGUCUGUCUGUGGGGACACUCGCUUGGCUCUGGGGUUGUGACUAAUACUGCAGUGAAAGUACAAGAGCAAGGGUCUGUUGUUGACGCUCUAAUCCUUGAAGCUCCAUACACAAGUAUUGGAGAAGCUGUAGCCAUCCACCCGUUCACUAAGAUUUACAGGUUCCUUCCAGGAUUUGAUAGCUUGCUUUGGAACAUAUUGGAGAUGAACAACAUUGUAUUUGCUAACGAUAAAAAUUUACAGGCCUUGACCAGUCCACUUCUUAUUCUGCAUGCAGAGGAUGACAAUGUAAUACCUUAUCACAUGGGUCUAAAGCUGUACCAGAUAUCACUGCAGGCUAAGAAGAAAUAUAACACAAAUGUUCGGGUUGAAAUGAUCUCCUACAGUGCAAAUCUUGCAUUCUCCCAUGGCAAAAUCUACUUAGAUCCCAAUCUGUCAAAUGUUGUUGGGAAAUUUCUUCAAAACCUGAGACAGUAAAUUGGCUCUCCCUCCUGCAGUCUUCAUUUUGCUCGGUGUGUGUGUGAAUAAAAACAGAAACACAAGAAUUUAUCUCA